UAAAUAAAAUAAAUAUCACGACAUGGGUAUCCUCAAGCAAUAUCUGGCUGGUCUCUCGGCAUCCUUUGGUGGCUUUUGCUUGGGCAGCUCGGAGGGCUGGUCGGGUCCCGUCCAGCAUUCGAUCCUGGCCGGCACCGCAUACAAAUUUACGCCCACCCUAGAUGAUUUCACCUGGACCGCCUCGCUGUUCCAUCUGGGCGCCGCCAGCAUGUGUAUGCCCUCCGGAGUGCUGAUAGCUGCAUUUGGACGCAAAUUGGUUAUGCUGCUGCUGGCCGUGCCAUUCUUCUUGGGAUGGGCAUGCAUUUUAUUUGCCCAACAUGUGUGUAUGCUGUUCAUCGGACGCUUCGUUUUGGGUGCCUGCAGUGGGGCGUACAGCGUCGCCGCGCCCAUUUACACAACGGAGAUAGCCGAGGUGAAGAGCCGCGGCAUUAUGGGAUUCUUUUUCCAAUUGAUGAUCGUAAACGGAACACUCUUUAGCUUUAUAGCCGGUAGCUAUUGUUCAGUAGAAACCUUCAACAUAUUGUGCAGCGUCAUGUCAAUCGUUUUAUUUGUGCUAUUAAUCUGGGUACCCGAAUCGCCCGUAUAUCUGGUGCAGCAGCGACGGCCCGACAAGGCGCAGAGGGUCCUCCGGGGGCUGCGUGGCGCCGAUGCCGAUCUAAGCGCAGACAUGGCCAUCCUUAUCGCAGAUAACCAAAAGAAGAAGGUCACCUGCGGGCAGGCAUUCUCGCGCAAGACCACAAUCAGGGGCAUCUUCAUAUCCGUAACGCUGAUGGUGUUCCAGGAGUUCACGGGCAUCUGUGCCAUCACCUUCUAUGUGGCCAGUGUAUUCGAGGAAGCCGGCACUGGGAUUCCCACAGGAAUCUGCACCAUUAUUAUUGGCGCUGUUAGCGUCAUAUCGACGAUUCCCGCAACUAUGUACAUCGAUCGACUUGGUCGCAAAAUGCUGCUGAUAUUCUCUGGUGUCUUGAUGGGCAUCACAACCCUAGUAUUGGGCUUCUAUUAUAUGGGCAUGAAGGAUUUGAGUGUCGGCUGGGUGGCUGUGACAUCCGUUUGCGUAUACGAGGUUGGCUACUCCGUGGGCUAUGGCCCGGUGCCGUGGCUGGUUAUGGCCGAGCUCUUCGCGGAGGAUGUGAAGCCCAUUUGUGGCGCCAUCGUGGCCACCUUUACUUGGUUAUUUGCUUUUGCUGUCACCAAAUUGUUUCCGGUAUGCGUGCUAGAGUUCGGCUCGGCGAUCACGUUUUGGGGAUUCGCUGUCAUUUCAUUUGUAUCGUGUAUUUUUGUCAUUUUCUGUGUGCCGGAGACGAAGGGCAAGAGCUUGGAUGAAAUCCAACAGUUGCUCAAAGGCAAAUAAACGAGCAAUAUUUUAUAUGACAGUUGGAUAAAGAAAGGUAUCUUUAUGCAAUAUUUAGUACGGUCUGCCAAGAAUACUUUGCUGGAAGGACGGAACACCUGGUCGUUGAAUCUUGGCGCCUCUGUCAUGUGUAUACGCCCUGGAGUACGAUUUGUUAUUUAUUGGAUGAACGUGAACUAGCUGGGCGAGGAACUUGGCUGUAGAUUCUCCACCAGAAGAAAAUUUUAAUAUUUACCACCAUAAUAUUAAACUGAGAAGAAAAACAACACCGAAAUCUGCUUUAUAAUCUGGUUGACAUCCCAUUGUGUAUUUAAUAAGGAAUAAUCCGAAAAGAAAUCCGAAGAUCCUUGUUUU